AUGGCGGACGACGAUAACUUCGAUAUCGACAUCUACGGAGAUGAUGCGCCCGCGGACUACCAAGAAGACAUACAAGGCGGCGUGAGGCACGAAGACAAGGGCCCGAAUGACGCUCAGGUACACGAAGAAGCUCCUGCAGACACAAUGGAUCAUACACAGGCUGAAUCGCACGGAGAAGCUGAGGAGCAGGAUACCACAAAUGGGGCAGAGGACGGGAAUUCACAUCAGGCGAAUGGCACUCAGCAAAUUUCAUCUACGGGGGGCUCAACAGACAAUCAGGCACCGCUCCACAAGCAAGCUCCCCAACAACAAGGCGUUAAGCGCAAGCAAGGCGAAGAUGAUGAUCGGCCUGUUGACCCCGGCGCGACCGCUGCUCUCACAAUCAACGACCUGAACUGGUGGAUUAGUGAAGAAGACAUCCGAGGAUGGGCUAACCAAAGUGGGUGCGAAGAUGAGCUAAUAGAGGUCACCUUCAAUGAGCACAAAGUCAACGGUAAGAGCAAAGGCCAAGUAUAUGUGCAUUUAGAGACCCCUCAGGCGGCCACUGCCUUAAAACACCGAGUCGAGGCGAUAUACAAAGAUCAAGCUCACAUCAAGAAGCCAACGGCCAUUUUCGAUCGACCUAACCACAAUCCCUUCAAGACGCUCCCGAAAGAUGUGCCUGCACGAGACAAGGGUCGCGGAGAUCGCGCAGCGUCAGGAACCUUUGGAAACCAAGGCGGUCUCGGCGGCGGCCAAUUCAAUCGCUUCAACAACCCUAGGGGUGGCUUCGGCGGCCGAGGGGGCCAGGCCAAUGCGGGCUUCAACCGCAACUUUUCUGGCCCUAUGGGCGGCAACAUGGGUGGAAACAUGGGCGGUAACAUGGGCGGUGGAAUGGGCGGUUUCAACGGGCCAAUGCCCAUGACUAACUUCGGAGGCCCCAUGGGCGGUAUGAACACGUUCAACCCUGGCUUCAAUCGCGGCGGGAUGAUGGGCGGCAUGCGAGGCGGCAUGGGGCCCGGCAUGGGCGCCCGCGGUGGCAGAGGGGGCAACAUGGGCAUGAACCCCAUGGGCGGCGGGAUGAACAUGCCAAUGGGCGGCAACAUGGGCAUGAUGGGCGGUGGCAUGAUGGGUAUGAGUGGGAACAUGGGCAUGAUGGGCGGAAUGGGUGGACCUGGUGGGUUUGGUGGUGGAGGUCAAGGCCACUUCAAUCCGGCCUUCUUCAACCAGAACCCCAACAUGGGUGGUAAUGAUGGGAACUGGAAUCCUCAUGGCGCAAAAAGGCCUCGGCCGGAGUAG